AUGACUACAACACUAGAAAGUGACAAGGCAGAGAAGCAUGCAUCUCCUAUGCCAACCAGCCAGGCGCCUCGGCCCCCAUACCCACCACAAAACCACCAGCAGGGAGCAGCUGUAGAAACAACCAAGUCGAAGAAGCAUACACGUACUAUUACAACUAGCCAGGCCUCACAGCCUCCAUGCACCUCACCAAGAAAUCAUCAGCGGAGAUUAACUCAAGAGUCGCAAGAUUCCUCGCAGCUGAGUGCCAAACCAGCCCUCAAGCCCUCGCAGCUUUGGAUGACCCUGGGUAAAAACAUGCCUAUUCCUGAUGAGCGAAUGGUAGAUGCUGCCUUGCCGAGGUGGACUUCCUCUACAGCACGUUGA